AUGGCUCCCGCGCGUCAACAACAGACGCCCCAGUUCACCAAGGAUGAAAAGGUUCUUUGCUUCCAUAUGGACAUGCUCUACGAGGCCAAGGUCAUGGAUGUACAGCCUGGCGAGAAGCCCGGCGACGGCUUCCGCUACAAAGUGCACUACAAGGGCUGGAAGAACACCUGGGACGACUGGGUUCUCGCAGACAGAAUCCGGCCCUUUGACGACGAGCACAAGGAGCUGGCGGCCCAGCUUCACGCCCAGGUCAAGAGCAGCAUGCAGAAAAACUCCAAGCAACCCAAGAAGAACCUCAGGGGCGGCGACUCGGCCAGAGGCAGUGAGGAACGGGGCUCAGGCGCUCCUCAAGGGGGGAGAGGGGGGAGGAGAGGCAAAGACUGGGAACUAGAGCAGCCGUGGUGUGCCGCAAGUGCUGGCCAUGUCUACCACGGGCAGGGCGAAGCAAACAUCUUGAGCCGCAUUUUGCCUCGCUUUGCCGUGUUUCUUUGGGCGUUUAUGUAUGAGAGCGUCUUCUCUUGUCUAGAGGAUACCAUGUCAGCGCCUCAGACUCAUGCUUGGGCAUUUUCUGGUUGCAACAGCCUGGACGGCCCUUGUGGUGCGACCAAACCUGUGCUUGCUUCAACCUAA